CCAGAGGUGGGAAUGUACAGCUCUAGGUUCAGGAAAAUAAAACUACACUGUUUACAUGCAGACGUGAAUUGCAGCAAGAGAAAGGUGUUUCAGGCUUGCUAGAAAAUGAGUGAAAAGGAAUUACUCCAGCGCUACUGUAAAUACAUCACUGAAAUUAUUCAACCAUCUCGCGUCUUGCAGUUCCUGGAUUUUUUUGAACCCAUGGAGGUGGAGCUGAUCAAAGCAAAGGAGGAGAAUGAGGGCCCGACACAGGCAUCGGUUCUCCUCUUGGAUCUGAUCAAGAAAGUGGAAUCCCUUGGCUGGUUUAAGAUGUUCUUGGAUGGGCUGAGUAAUGCAGGGUACCCUAACCUCUCUAAAUCGAUCGAUAUGGAGGAUUUCACAGAGCUUGACAAGUCCAGGCUUUACAAACAGAUGGUGAAAAAACUGAGGCCAACGCUGGAACCAGGAGCUCGUCCCAUGGCCAUCCUCCCUCGCCUCUCCGAGUGCCUCCUGCAGUCCCAGGAAGAGGAAGUGCGGCAGGUAACUCAAAUCAAAGGGGAUCAUGCUGGAAUGGCUAGACUGCUGGACUUUAUCCUCAGGUCUGACAAUCCCCACUGGUAUAAAACACUGCAGGAUGCACUGUCUGCUGCCGGCUAUGAUAAUCUUGCCCUGGGCGAUCAUGAAGAUGCUGAUAUGAAGAGUGGCACUGAAGAGAUAGAGAUGACCUACAGCCAGGAGGUGGAAAUGGAGGACCUGCAUGCCAACCUUGACAUAGAUGCAGAAUCAAGACAAAAAGUAAAGAGAUAUGACUGCAAGAUAACCUCCCCAUUAACUGAACUGCGGGCCUAUCAGGAGGAAUUAGCUUUGCCAGCUCUGGAGGGUAGAAACACCAUCAUAUGUGCCCCUACGGGCUCUGGGAAGACCGUCAUCGCCGUGGAGAUCUGCUGGCAACACCUGAGACAGGGUACUGAAGAGUCCAAGAGGAAGGUAGCUUUCCUGGCCAACACCAUCCCCCUCUGUCAGCAGCAGAUGGAGCUGUUCAGGAAGUACUUCCAAGAUACAGACUUUGAAGUGACUGGCUGUUUUGGGGAUUCUGCCUCUAACCUGACAGUGAAAGUUGCAGUGGAAGAGUAUGACAUCAUUGUGAUGACACCCAUGAUCCUGCAGUUCAGCCUGGAGAACGGCACCAUCCCUGGGCUGUCAACAUUCACUUUGAUCUUCUUCGACGAGUGCCACAACACGAGCAAGAAGCACUCAUACAACAGCAUCAUGGGCAUGUACAUGGACAUCAGACUGCAGGGCCCCCAGAGCGCUGCCCUCCCUCAGAUUGUGGGUCUGACAGCGUCUGUUGGAGUUGGCAAGUCAAAGAAUGCUGAUGGUGCCCUGGAACACAUUUACCAGCUGUGUGCCAGCCUUGACACCCACACCCUCUCCACUGUGACAACACACUUGAAUGAGCUCAGCAAGUUCGUCUUCAUACCCAGCAAAGAUAUAAGGUUAGUGAAGCGGCGCUCUGUGGAUCCUUUCAUGGACGUUGUGUUGGGACUGAUGGCACAUGUUGAGUCCAUUGCAAAAAAAACCUACACUAUCGAGUCCUUGUCCAAGGUGCCUAUGAGCACGCGGGGCUCCCAGGCCUAUGAGCAGUGGGUGGUGUCAGUGCAGCGGCAGUGCAAGGUGCUGAAGCUGGUGGAUCAAGAUGAGGAAGAGGAGAUGAAGAUCUGCAGGAAGCUGGUCACCUGCUCCGAGCACCUCCGGAAAUACAAUGACUCCCUGAUUAUAUCAGAAGAUGCUCGUGCUAUUGAUGCCAUUAAUUACCUGCAGAAGUAUUUUGAUAACCUGGACCCAACCAGAUUUGACGAGACAGAUCAGAAACUUUUCAGUGUUUUUGAAGAAAGAAGCAAGGAGCUGCUCUGUAUCGCCAGUAGCAGCGGCCGCGAGAAUCCCAAACUGCAGGAGCUCCAGAGUGUGUUGAAUGAGCAGUAUCACUACAACUCCGAAACAAAGACCAUCCUCUUCGUCAAAACCAGGGCGCUUGCAGAGGCUGUUGAACGAUGGAUACUGGAGACUCCAGACUUAGCACACCUGAAACCCAAGGUGCUGAUUGGCCGCAGAAGAACAGAAAACACUGCUGGAAUGACUUUGUCUACACAGAAAGAUGCCCUGAGUGCCUUUGAAAGUGAGGGAGGCAGCAAGCUUCUGAUAGCUACCUCUGUGGCUGAUGAAGGCAUCGAUAUUGCCCAGUGUAACCUGGUGUUGCUGUAUGACUACGUGGGUAACGUGAUAAAGAUGGUGCAGACCCGAGGCCGAGGCAGGGCAAAAGACAGUCACUGCAUCCUGAUCACCAGCAACCGAGAGAACGCAGAGAAGGAGCAGAUCAACAUGCUGCAGGAGAAAGUCAUGUAUGAUGCCAUCCAGACAGUACAGAACAUCGAGCCAGGCGUGUUCCUGGCCAAGGUGAGGAACGUUCAGAAGCGGCAAAAGAAACAACGAGACCUGGAGAGGAGAAUGGCUCCUGAGAAGAAGAAAGAGGAAACCCUCUUCCUGUUACAGUGUGCAAAAUGCCGUCAACAUGCCUGCAAGUCUGACGAGAUCCGCGUCAUACAGAAUAAUCACAGGGUUGUUAUCAGCAAAGCCUUCAGGUCUCUGUGCAACAUCCAGCCUCAUCCCAAGCCUCAGGUCUGUGACGUCCUUGAGAAGAAAUCCAAGAUAUUCUGUGGCAAGUGUAACCGGGACUGGGGCAUCCUGGCCUUGUGCAUGGGCCUGGAUAACCUCCCGGUGCUGAAGGUGUCUGGGUUUACCUUUGUGAACUUGCGUACUGGACAGAGGAAGCCAGUGGUGAAAUGGCAGGAUUUCCCCGGCUUGAUCAAAGAUUUUGAUUUUGAGUUGGAUGUCCUAGAUCAGGACAGUAGUGAGGAGGCCGGGCCCAGCAGGCUGUCCUGAGGGUUAAUGGAAGGGAGUGUUCUUGCUUUUAAAACAAACUCUUAUCCUGCACUUGAUCUAGUUUUAAUAAUAGUUUUUUUUCACAAAUUCUCCAAACUACAGUACUAGCCUCUCACCGUCAUUUCGGGUUAAUUUUGGGUAUAGCCUAACAACUGCUGAUGUUAUAAAAAAAUUUAUGAAAAGUGAAUCUUAUUUGAAAACAUAAAAAAGACAGAAUAGAAGCUAACAAAUAAAUCUCCUAGUUUGUACACUAGGAGGCAAGAUGUACUAAUCUAUGGCAUCUCAGCAGCAGAUGGGGUGUGCUUGCACAGCAGUCUCUUAUUUGUAUUUAAUGAAUUAGGGUCGUUGUGUGCCUGUUGCUAUUACUAAAUUGAGUGUGUCUAAAUGUGGGGAUAUAUGGAAGCGUGCAGCAUGUCCGCCCGUCUGUGAAGGUAGGGAAUCUCAACAGAGUGAACCAGCUGCUCAUUGACUGCUCGGAGUGGCACACCUCAUCAGUGUCAGGCAUUUACCUUAUUGACUUUAAAACGUUUCACUUCACCGACAAGAUUCAUGAAAUGAUAUGAGCAAACUACUAUACUAACCCCCUGCUUAUGAGCCAGGUAAUGGGUAAUUCCAAGAACUCAAACUCGUGCCAGGAUAUUCCUCACUGUGCCGUUAUUAGACAUUAGCCUUCAAUCACAUGCUCUCUGUAGUAUAGAUCAUGAUCAUUAUCAUCGAGUUGCAACCAGGUACCAUGACUUUAACCAUGAUUUUAACCAUGAUUUUAACUGCUUGUAACCUAAAGAAAACAUUUAGAAAGCGACAAACCAUUCCAAUAUCUUACAAGAUUGUAAAUCCUUGGAAGCAGGCAUGGCUGCUGCUUUGCCUGCAGUAAGUUUGACGAAUGCCUUGCUGUCUUUUGCACAGGGAACUGUAAGAAUG